AAGACUCACUCAUUAAAACCUAAAGAAGGAACACAUCCGUAUUAAAAAAAAAUGGCACAAGCUACGCGUCAGUCUUCUCUCGAAGGGGAGCUUGAGGUAGAUGUUGAGAUCAAAGCUUCGGCAAAGAAGUUCCACCAAAUGCUCGCUGGAACACCACAAGAUCUUGCAAAAGCCACUCCUGACAACAUCCAGGGAUGUGCUGUGCGUGAGGGAGAGUUUGGCAAAGUUGGCAGUAUCAUUUUCUGGAACUAUGCUAUUGAUGGGCAGCCAAAGGUGGCGAAGGAGAGGAUCGAGGCAGUGGAUCAAGAGAAGAAUCUGUUAGUGCUCAGGGUAAUAGAUGGAGAUAUGAUUAAAGGAUUCAAGAGAUUGUUGAUCACUGUCCAGGCAACCCCAAAUCUAAGAGGACCUGGAAGUGUGGUUAAGUGUCACUUAGAAUAUGAGAGGAUUGACGAGAAGGUGGCUCAUCCGGAGGAUCUGCUCACACUGUUUAUCAAGGCAGCCAAAGACAUUGACAAAAUGCUUUUGUCCCAAGUCUAGAGAACUUGCCAGAUAUCUAUCUAUCUAUCUAUCUAUGUUUGUGGGUGUAUUCUAAGAUGUCUCAAUAAUUUGCUCUCUCUAUGAAGAGAUCUAGUCUGCAAGUAUUGCAGAGUUUGUGUUAUGUACGUUUGAAGUUGUACUGAGUUGCAAACUGUAACCACUGUUGCUAUAAGUUUCACCUAUAUGCAUGUUA